AUGGCCGAGACGGAGGAGAAAGUCACAACGACCCCUCUACCGGACACUAGUCGAGAAGGGUCUCUCCAUACCGGGAAGCAAACGCCACAAGCAGCCAAGGAACCGAACAGGAACAAUGAACUUGUCGACUAUCUCUCACAGGACAUUCGAACAACACUGUUCGUUGAGCUCCAACUCUUGCUGAUCACGUUCUGCACAGGCAUUCAAGAUGCAACGACGUUCCCCGACUAUCACUGCUUCGCCUCGAACCAAACCGGCAACACCAUCUUCCUCUGCCUGGCAUUGAUCAUGCCGCAGUUCAACGGUGACAUGUUUUAUACUGCCAACAUCGGCACGGGAUUAGGCGUAUUCCUCGUCGCAGGAUGGUUGACCGGCCAAAUAGGCCACAUCGUCGGGCCUCGCAAGCGAUGGUGGCUUAUUUUUUGCAACCUGAUUCAAACCGGCCUUGUCUUUGCUGCGACCGGCAUUCAAUAUCGGCACGGAGUCCAUGAUCAUGGUUGGAGCGCUGUUGUCGUCGUCGCCCUGUUGGCGUUCGCCGCCGGCAGCCAGGUGGUGCAGUCUCGAAGCUUGGCCGCGACCGAAAUCAGCACUGCGAUGGCGACGGCAGCGUGGGUGGACUUGAUGAUUGACCAGAAGCUCUUUGUUCUGGACAACCGACCGCGGACGAGGCGAGUUGCGUUUCUUCUGGCGCUUGUCAUCGGGGGCUUGGUCGGUGCCCUGAUUUAUCGCACUGCCGGGUCAGGGGCUGCGCUUGCUGUGUCUGGGGCGGGCAAGGGACUGGCUGGUCUCUUGUACAUUUUCUCAGGGGCCGAGAAGAAGAAGGUCAACACAUCGGAGGUGUAA